UCAUAAGCGAAUAGAAAGACUUAGUUCAUCUUCAUAUUCAUCUUAAUGUAAAAUGAAAACGUUAUGUUACUCUUCACAAUUAUUGUGUUUUUACACAUAUUAUAUAAAAACUCCAGUUCUGAGUAAUAUGAAAUGUGAAAACCCAGUUCGUUGUAAGUAAUUAUUCAUCGUCUCGGAGUCACCCGACGAAAUUCCGUCUAGUACCUCGGAAAACAGAAAUCAAUAAGGUGUGUAGUCAGCUAAUUGGAUUUCAUCAUUAGUCAUUCCAAGGGUUUCAUUUGCCAAAUUUUGUUAAUAUCAUACUUUGUGAAUCGUGUCAGGAAAAGUGUACAAUAAAAGUAGAAGAGCAUUGUCAGAAAGUUACGUAAGAGUCAUCUCGACUUCCAGCACAAAAGACGAAAACGGAGCCACAAUGAGCAGAAGGCCGUUGUCAGAAGAAGUUAGAGCAGACAGCAGAUGUCCGAUUUUUAAAGAAAAGAUUCAACAAGUAACUGCAGCUCAUGACACAGGAAAAGGCCAAAGAUUGUUGCAACACUAUAAAGCUUCCAUAUUAUGUUGGCCAGAGUUAUUUCAGUCACAAAUUAGCAUAAAGAAUUUAAUGAGCUACUGUGAAGACCUUGAAGUGGACACAGGUUUAAAGCAGCAAGGAGAAAAGGUCAAGGUCGGCUUCCACGAAGUAGACAUUUAUAUUGAUCCCGUCGAUCAUGAUAUCAAGUCAUUGAUACCACCAAAAGUGACUAUUCAGAAAUAUGAAUUAAAAAACUGGAAUAUUUCUGUAGACACCAUGAAUACAAGAGAUGAUUCAUCGAACAUCAUAGAUAUAGUCAUUGAGUCUGGAAAUGCAAGAAUAAUAAAGUCCGUGCACGGUUCCGAUAUGGUUCUAUUCAGGGAAGACUGCUUAGACAGCUUUGAAAACGGAAACAGUCCUCCAAAACAUACUGACGAUACGUUACGAUUGAAAACAAGAAGCGUUAUUGAGUACGUCUUGUUUGAACCCCUCGUAGAAAAAUGCGAAUUUCUCAGCCGUGUCCUCGACGCUAUUAAUGAAGAUCAACGAAAUCAGAUAAAGGAGACAAGAUAUGUUGCUGAAAUUAAAAGCGUUUAUCAAAAAGAAGAGAAAACUCAGACUAAACAGAUUGAACAAACUUACCACGACGAGUCAAGAGAGUGUACGAUUAUCCUUGAUGGCAUUGUCUUUGAAAAGUGUAAGCAACAGAGGGACAUUAUCGAGGAUUUGUUCGAAGAAAUGAUUGCUGUAAUUUCGAAAAGCCAAUUCAAAGGAAAAGUUCUUAAACGAUUAAAAACAAGUCGAAACAAUAGUCAUGAUAUUAAACAGGUAUCGCAAAUGCUUUUCACACGAGACGAAUCUGUUAAAGGAUGUGGCUACAGACUUAAAACGUUUCAUGUCGAUGUGGAAGAACUGUCAACACCUGAGGAGAAUUCAGAUCGUGAGAAACAAAUUAGGGAAAUGUUAAAUAAUUAUGGGAUUAAUGAUGUAAGGUUUAACUUUGUUUCCCCUAGUCUCGAUCAAUACAACUAUGUCGGUGCAUGUAUUGCUGCAAAGUGUGAAAUAGACACGAAAACGGGUACACUUGGAUGUUUCGCAAAUCAUGUAAAAGAUAAUGAAUCUGCUUUAUGUACUCUGUUUGCAAAACACGUUGCGCAAGGGUGUUCCCCUGAACUAUACGUCAGAGAUAAAGAUCAGAAGCUAGAAAGCUUUGCAAUACUUUUAUCUGAUACGUACGUUGAUGGUGGUCACGAUAUUGCAGCAGCAAAAAUAAACAGUCACUAUAUUUCAAGCUGUGACAAACAAUUUAAAAAUAUAGAAGAGAAAAAGGUUCCUGCAGAGUUGCACACAGUGGACGACAACACUUCACUUCAGGGUCAGACAAUUCACUUAUGGGGCGCACAUUCUAAACCAGGUAUAGGCAAGAUAAAUAUACAAGACUUCCAUUAUCAUGAUGGCACAGGCUCAUAUAUCGAAGUACAAGACGGAUCUAUUGCCCAGGGAAAGCCUGAUGCGAUACUGGCAGAACCGGGCGACAGCGGAGCUAUCGUUUGCAUGGAUGAAUUAAAUGGUGAAAAAGUAAGAGUUAUAUCUAUGCUGAUGGGUUCAACAAACGCAACUGUGGCACAAAAUGACCCUAAAGUAAAAAGAAAAUAUCUGACCCUUUCCUUGUCAAGCGGAUUGCAGACUCUAGAACAACGGACGAAAGGGAAGUUUCAGUUAGAAGGCACAGAAACCUACAAAGCACCUGCCGAACAUGUACAAGAUCAGUCUGUGUUGUUCGGUGCAAACGAUGAAGAGGAAAUAAAAGACAUUUAGAAAAUAACACGGAAAUAUCAACAGUAAAGAAGAGACUGCAAUAAAAUCAAAAGUGACGUAACGCAAUGAAUCCAGACGCCACUUAUAUCAAGUUCUUCCGUAUUUAUGUAGGAAUAAACCUCAUAAACAAUCAUAUUCUCAGUCCUUCAAUUUGGUUUUCUACUUCUUGUUCGCGCAAUAAGCCUUUCAGUGAGUUUGAUAUUAUAGUUGGCAACAAUACAAAAUACACUUAAAUGUUAUUCAACAGUCAUUAUUUAACAUAUUACGCCAUUUUGACUUAUACGGGGCAUUAAGUUUAAAAUAUUUUAUCUUAAAUGACAUGAUGCAUAAAUAUAAAGCACAAUUUGGGCAAUACAUGUUGUUGCAAUAUGACAGAUGUUUGGAAACCUCGUUCAUGUGUCCAUCGCGUAUUGACGCUAUUGAAAAAAGUGGUAAAAACGUGUUUGUGAUAUAUAUUUUGUUUGCCUCAGAAUUUAUUUUUUCAAGUGUCUUGUGUUUUUUAGGAUGCAUCAAAAGUUUUCAUAAUUGGUCAUUUUCAUAUUUCAAAAUAUUUGAAUAAUUUUAAUUUUCAUUUCUGUACAAUUUUAAUAAACUAUUAUUUUGUAACGCUGUUUCUCGGUACAUCUUAUAUAUUUCAUCAUGUUCAUGGUAACUGUCUUUUACAUGACUGUAAUAUGUUGUCUGUCUUUAAAUGUUUGACGACACUGAGCAUCAACAUGGACGAAAAGAAAAAUUUGCUUUUUCUCAAAUUAUGCUAGAAUUAUGACAUGUAAUAGAUCAAAAGGAUUUAAAAUUACCAAGACAACACAUUC